GCGGCGUUUCUCCGGUCCCGAGGAUGGUGACGCGACAGCUGCUCAGCUGACCACAGGCUUUCAGCCUUCUCUGGCAUCCUCUGGCAUGAGUACAAUGCUUCCUGCAGUUCCAGCCACAGCGGUCCAGCGUUCCUGUUGUGGUUGUAAGAGAGUUUUUCAGGAGGGGCAGACUGCUUACCAGAAGAAAGGGUCUGCUGAGCUCUUCUGCUCCAGACUUUGUAUCAGUGAAUACAGCUCGUCUGCCGACUCCCCAGCUCCCCUCUGGAGGACGUGCUUGAACUGCUCAAGAAACAUUUUAAAUCGGAAGGAUAUAAAGAAUGUCCAGUUGGAGGACAGUAGCUCUGGCAAGAACUUCUGUAGCCAGUCUUGCCUUUCAUCCUACGAAGAAAAAAGGAAGCUAUUUGUCACCAUGUGUCCUGAGAGCACUCUGCUGAAGUGCAGCGUGUGUCGGAAGACAGCUACUACACCACCCAGAAUACUUAGAUCUUUUCCUUGUAAAACACUGGAACUCUCAGAUGAGAUGAUUAUGAUUACUAAUGACUUGGGGAACGCAGAGAUCUUCUGCUCUGUUUGUUUUUCUUCAUACAACAGUGCGGUGAUGGAAUCCUCAACAGUAAAUGUUUCCACGGUACACAGUGCUUCAAAAGAGAAUCUUUCUCCAAAGAAAUAUCCAAUUCCAGUUAUAAGCAAUAUAAGGUCAUUAGUAAAUGACCAUGUUGACCUGUUCAUGAACACUGAUCUCUUACAAGGUUCACUUUCUUCUGUGCCUACAAAUGUCAUCGAUCGCUCACCCAGUGAAUCCAGUAGUGGUGUUGGUAAUAGUGUGGAGCAGCCAAGCCUCCUCCCAUCUUCACCAGUGCUCUUUGAGGACACAGCAGGCCCUACUGUGGAAGCACAGAACGGCAGGGAGUCAAACCAGGUACACAGCAUGGAAUCUGUGAUAGUGAAUGAUACACCAUGUUGUCCAACGUCUACAUCCACAGUGCAAAAAGUUAAAAAAGAACCACAAAAUACUAGAAAGUCUGGUAGCUCAUGUUUUCAACAUUCCAGCACCAAUACAAAUGAUGAUGUUACAUUCUGCCAUUCUUGCCAUUUGUUCUACCAGAAAAAUUUUACCUGCCAGAGAGAAUCAUUUGCAACCCAAGGAACUGCUGACUGGGAGAAGACCCUAGAAAAAUUCAGGAAGCAUGAAAAAAGUGAAGUGCAUUUAAAGACACUGCGGUUUUGGAGACAGUACCAGUUUCUGGAUGAAGUUCCACGUGAUGGUUCAUCUGUUUAUUCAGAACAUAUUGAGGGAAAUAGAAGGUACCUAAAGCUUGUCAUCGAAAGCAUCUUAUUUCUGGGAAAACAGUGUUUGCUCCUAAAAGGAACUGACCAGUCUAUUCCGUCCAUUAAUAAAGGCAAUUUUUUGGAAUUACUAGAAAUUCGAGCAAGAGAUAAAGGAGAAGUGUUUCGGCUUCUGAGUUCACAUGGUGAUUUCUAUCACAGUACACAAGUUCAGGAGGAGAUUAUUGAAAUAAUAAAGGCUGAAAUGCUGCAGGACAUUGUGGGUGAGCUCCGUGUCGCCUCGGCUUUCUCGAUCAUCUGUGAGGAGACAGCAGACGGUGCUGCUGGAGGACAGCUUUCAGUGUGUGUGCGGUACGCGCACACAACCUCCAGUGCGGUCCUCGUUAAAGAAAGGUUCCUGGGGUUUGUUAAUAUUGAGGAAAUGACUGCAGUCCACAUACACAGGCGUAUCAAAGCUUACCUGCUGCAGGUCGGAAUUGAUUUUAAUAAGAUAUGUGGUCAAACCUAUGAUCUAGCCACAAAUUUGAGGGUAAAAUUUAAUGAAGUUGUAACAGAAUUCAAGAGGGAAGAACCGAGAACUUUGUAUGUCCAUUGUUAUGCACAUUUUUUUGAAUUAGCAGUCAUUAGUUUCUGUAAAGAAGUGAAAGAACUCCGAAGGACACUACAUACUCUGAGCUCUUUGUUCAGCACUGUUCGCCUGUCGGGAGAGAUGUUGGCAGCUUUGCAAACCAUGUGUAAGCUAAGUCAAAAUAAAACUUGUCAGAAGCACGCAUCCCAGUCGUGCUGGCCAGCCCACGAGGACUUGUUGCUGUCGGUGACGGAGUGUCUCCCAGAGGUCAUUGAGACUCUGCACUCAGUGGCCCGCCAGUCCGCAGGCACAGCUGCCGCUGACCAACUGAAUGAUUUGCUGGUAGCGGUUACCAAGUUUGAAUUUAUAUUUUGUUUGAAAUUUCUUUAUCGAGUACUCAGUAUUACAGGAAUUCUUUCCAGAGAGUUUCAAAGUGAAACUGUAGACGUCUUCUCUUUGUUUUCAAAAAUCGAAGCAAUUUUGGAGUGUUUAUCUUCUGAAAGGGAUGAAAUGUAUUUCCAAACUAUCUGGGAUGGAGCAGAUGAAAUAUGUAAAAAGGUAACCAGUAAGGGUUUUGAAGUUGAAAAACCCUCUUUUCAAAAAAGAAAAAAAAUUCAGAAAACAGAAGAGCCUGGCAACUCAGAGAGUGUGUUUUUUCCUACCUCAGCAGAUGAACACUAUAAAAUUAAUAUUUAUUACCAAGGUCUGGAUACUUUGUUAAAAAACUUAAAGUUAUGUUUUUCAGAGUUUGACUAUUGCAAAAUGAAACAAAUUUCUGAGCUAUUGUUUAAAUGGAAUGAACCAUUAAAUGAGUCAGCAGCUAAACAUGUUCAAGAAUUUUAUAAGCUCGAUGGAGACAUUAUCCCUGAACUUCGAUUUUACCGGCAGUAUGCGAAUCUCAACUUUGUCACAGAUUGUGGCUCCUUAAGCUUCAUAGACCUUGGCCGUUUGUUUAGUCAGCAUGGCCUCCACAGUAAUAUUCCUCGUCUCUCGAAACUGUUACAUAUUGCUUUAUCUUGGCCAGUUACUUCAACAAAUAAUGAAAAGUCAUUUUCCACACUGCCUCAUCUUAAAGCAUACUUACUUCGUACCAUGGGACAAGAGAAACAAACUGGCCUGGCUCUAAUGGCUGUUGAGCAAGAGCUGGUAAAUAGGUUGAUGGAGCCUAAAAGACUCAGUGGAAUUGUGGAAAAGUUUAUUAGCCAAAUGAAAGAUACAUAUGACUUGCAACUUUGAACUUAAUUAAAAGAAUUUUAUGGGGGCUGGAGA